AUGCGGAUCGCCCUCAGACGUCUCUCGCGCGUCCCUCAGCCAUAUAAGAAAAUGUGUGAAACCAGUGGCCCUGGUCAGGACAUGUGGAUUGUCGAAAUGUACGGGCAACCUAGCUUGACGAAGGGCAUUGCUUCGAAUCAAAGGACCGGCAAUACGGCAAAACCUAUGGCGCAGGCAUGCACCUCUGAAUCAAAGGGGUGGGUCAAGCUCGAACUUAACUCAGGUCCCUCAGAGGAGGUCGCCUCCUCGGAGAGGCUUAGUUAA